AUGACCUUACUGAAAAAUUCAAUUGCUAUCGAAGAGAUGCAACAAAAACAAAUUUCGGGAGAUGCUUCAAGUGAAUUGACAAAUAGUUCUCAAGAUGAAAAAGAAAAAUCUCAAUUAAUGCAUAUAGGUAUUCAAACAGCCUUAGCUAUAUCCAUACAUAAAUUUCCAGAGGGUCUUGUAACGUUUAUAACAUCAAAAGUAUCACCAACCAUUGGUUUUACAUUAUUUUUUGCCAUCGCUUUACAUAACAUUUCCGAGGGUUUCACCAUAGCCUUGCCACUAUAUAUGGCAACACGCUCACGGAUUAAAAGUUUUUUAUAUGCAUCUUUGUUGGGUGGAUUAAGUCAACCUUUAGGUGCAUUAAUUGGAUAUUUAUUUUUAAAAGAAUCCCAGCUUAGAUGUUGGGAUCAUAACUUUGUUUACGGUACUUUGUUUGCUGCUGUUAGCGGGUUAAUGAGUGUUAUUUGCGUACAGGGUUUAUUACCACAAGCAAUAAAAAAUGACACUUCAAAUGGCCAUACUGUAACCAUAUUCUUUUUUAUUGGUGUAUUAAUUAUGGGAAUAAGUUCUGCUUUAUUUGAUCAUGCAAAGUAUGUUCCUGAGUGA